AUGGGUUGCAGAGACUCAAAGUCACUCAACCCCCAAGAAUUCAUCAAAUUUAUAAGAAGAAGAAAUCUUCUGCAAAUUCUUAACCGAGAAUUUAAUGAGGUGAUACGCAAAGAACAAUGUGAUGUUGGAAACGUUGAAGCUCCCAUUCUUCCCCAGGAAAAUAAGUCUGGAGGUAAAAUUAGCGCUAACUACUUAAAUGGUUGGGCACAGAAGAGAAGAUUCAUCUGCACUCAAGCUCCUCGAGAAAAAACGGAGUUUGAAUUCUGGAGGAUCAUUUUGAAGCAUCGAGUCCGCAUCAUCGUCAUGCUGUGUAAAGAUAGUCAAGAACAGUUUUACAAAUACUGGGAAAGUGAUGUAGGGGUUGUGAAAACUGUGAGGCCGUUUAGAAUUGAAACGGUUAAAGUAAAAUCUUUUCCGAAUUACAAGGUGACUACUCUUAACGUUACUAACGAUGCAACGGGUGAAUUUCUUGAAGUAAUCCACUACGCUUGCAUAGAUUGGGUUCAGUUUUGCACCAUUCAAGGAAUGAUUGACUUCUUAACAUCUCGUAUACCCGGAAAUAAUUACUCACAGAAAUUAAAUUUGUCUUCAUCGAAUAAUUCAUUCCAAAGCAGUAAUCUAGCGUUACUUAGACAUUUAUCUUUAAUGUCAUUGAAAUUUAUUCUUCCAUUCUGA